AGCCAUUAGUCCUCGACAAAGGCAUUGCAUGUUUUUCUAUCAACCUAUGCGUAAGCACGUGCACGUGCAGUGUUGUGUGUAGUGACCUAGCCAGUUUUGGUGAUGCUUGCUGGUCCGCCUCUUGCAGUGUUGUGUGUAGUGACCUAGCCAGUUUUGGUGAUGCUUGCUGGUCCUUCGAGAGGCGGAAAAUUUUGAGAAGCAGACCUUCCCGUGAUCCUUUGUGCGUCAAUUCUCUUCUAGCUGGCGGAUUGUGGCAAAACCAUGUCGAGCGACUCGCCGGGGUGCGUGCUUUCAGAAGUCAAGAGUGUCCCCGAAUCCCCGUCAGUGCCAGUGCUCGAGAGCAGGGUUCAAGCCGACCCCUUAGACUCAGACUCAGUCCAAGAAGACGUGGCGAAGAAAGACGACCGCUCUUGGAUCCAGUCUCCGCUACUGAAGUCGUUUCUGGCCGGCUCCUUCUCCGGCUCCUGUUCGACCGUGCUCUUCCAGCCGCUGGAUCUUGUCAAGACCAGACUCCAGGCCUCUGUCCUCCGGGGGAAUAGUCCUUCUGGUAUGGCCACCGUACUUUGGAGUGUUAUCAAGGAUGAGAGCCCCCGUGCUCUCUGGAAGGGAGUUGUUCCGUCUCUGACGCGGGUGGUGCCCGGCGUGGGGCUCCAUUUCUCGGCUCUCCACCUGCUACGAUCGGCUCUGAACCACCCUCCCUCGGCCACCGAGGCGCUGCUGAUUGGAGGCAGCGCCCGCGCACUGGCCGGCGCCGCCACCAUCCCGGCCACCGUCAUCAAGACGCGCUGUGAGAGCGGCAUCUACGACUACCGCGGCGUGGCCCAGGCCCUGCAGCUCAUCUACCGCACCGAGGGUCACCGCGGCCUGACGCGCGGCCUGCUGCCCACCCUGCUCCGGGACGUGCCCUUCUCCAGCUUCUACUUCAUGUUCUACAGCCAAGCGCGGGGCGCCCUGCCCACCGAGGUGACCUCGGGUCAAUGGGGUGACCUGGCCACCUUCUGCUGCGGCCUGGUCUCCGGCCUUGGGGCCUCUGUCGUCACCCAGCCUGCCGAUGUGGUCAAGACAAGGGUUCAACUCACCGCGCUGGCCGCCGGCGGCUCGGGCUCUCUGACCAACGCCAUCGGACUUAUCUACCAGGAGGGCGGAUCGCGUGCCUUCUUUUACGGGCUGGCGCCGCGCGUGCUGCGACGUACCUUCAUGGCAGCCAUGGCCUGGACGGUGUACGAGCGCGUCUCCAAGACCUUCUGAGCGGCCGGACCCCCGCGAGGUCAACUGGCCGGCGGAGACACGUCCAACCAACCGAACCGUCAAUUCCUACAGGCUUUCACGGUGACAUCCAAUGAGAUUACUCGUCUCUGGGAGUCUUAGCUGAGACGACCAAUGAGAGGCGCCGGGUCAAGGUCACCUCCGGACGCCGGCCAAUCAAAACGGGUGGGGCACGUGCAACAACCAAUCGCGUAGUCGGCCAGGCGGGCGAGUAGCCAAUGGGAUUUCGGCGAUCCUGAGCUUCAGCCAAUCAAAGCCCGCUUUGUCCUGAGAAGGGACUGAGGAAGCUGAGCUCUAAAGAAAAGCUGCUGGAAGAGAACCGGAACGGGAAGCUGUCUAGAAGCCUCCAACGACGGCCCGAGAGAAGGUGCAGCGUGCGGGCAUCGUCCCUUCAGUGAAGUGCUGGAUCCAGGACAGGCCACGGAAGGACGGUACGUGGAGUGGAAGCAUGCGGCUGGACCGAACGGUAGAGUGCGGUGGAGAGUGGACUAGAGUGAACGGCAGUGCAGUGGAGUGCGGGGACUAUCAUGGCAGUCGCUCUACCGAAGCCGGUAGAGCUGAACGAUCGCUGCUGCCUCCCUAAACCUGCAGAAACAGACAGUGACGAGCCGGAAGACGGCGUUCGUAAAGUGCUGUGAAGGAGAUUGAGGGAAUGGGACUGGAGCAGUGGCAAUACGCGGACUCGCUGGGUGCCGCGCUGUUUUUUUUUUUUCGUGUACGGUUUGGUUCUGUCGGAAUGCGCUAUGUUCCGGCUUUUCCUUGCUUGUGUUACGUGCGCCCGCGCUGUCGGUACUUAAUCACCGAAGGUGUGGAUCUGUGAAGGAGGCGACGGGCGUAAGCCGCGAUUCUUGCAACGGCAGGUAGGUAUUCCCUGCAUUGCGAACAGCGAGAAUGAGCGGCCUGUCCCCUGCGGUUGAAGUGUGUGUUUGCGAGGAUUCCGGGCGAAUGCGUCAGCCAGAAAUUUGACCCAUCUUACGCUGAAAUGCAUCUUUCAAUGAUUUUUGCAUUUGCUGACCUUCCUCAUUUGAGAAAAGUACAAAAUAUGUCCAGUUCGGCCGGGAUCCUACGUAGCGCUAAUGUUAAUCCAAGACGGCGGCGGCGGCGGCCCGCAAAGCUGUAGUUGUGUAUCUGGCCGCUUGAGGGCAGCACGUUGCGCUCGCCGCCCCUUCUGCUGUGUUUAGCUACCCAGCCAUGAGGAGGAGGCGAAAGGACAGGCUCGUCACUGGCGAUGGCCCGGCGGGGACUGAUGCCCGCCCGCGGUUUUACUCUGCUGUAGAGUCAAUACACUGGUUCUACAGUG